CACUGCACGUCCUGGGGACCUGCACGCUCCCUUUUUCCCUGCCACUGCUCCAAGCCUGGGAGAACGCUUCUCAAAUAAAUCAGGAAAUUACUUAUUAAUCUGAAGCCCCAAAGAGUUACGAACAUGCCUCGUUGCCAAAGGGAAGGGGAUUUUGAGAGAAUGCUCCACAGCUGUUCAGAGACUCCAGCUGUUGGAAGGUCUUGAGAGCAAUGUAAGUAAACAGCCCGCUGUCCCGAUUGAAGUGACGUUCUUCAGGCUUUCUUCCUCCCAGGGAUGAAUCUUUUGGCUCAGCACAUAGAGUGAGAGGCCAUUUUCCUGCCAUAUUUAUCAGAACAGGGAUAUCCCUCCUUGUUAUUCCGUGAGACACCGCCCAAUGUCCAGAAACUGAAGACUCUGCUGUGAAAAUUCUCAAAGCCAAAGAUGUUUGUCUUGCUCUAUGUUACAAGUAUUGCCAUUUGUGCAAGUGGACAACCUCGGGGUAAUCAGUUCAAAGCAGAGAGCUACUCCCCGAGAUAUAUCUGUAGCAUUCCUGGCUUACCUGGACCUCCAGGCCCCCCGGGAGCAAAUGGUUCUCCUGGUCCCCAUGGUCGGAUCGGCCUUCCAGGACGAGAUGGGAGAGACGGCAGGAAAGGAGAGAAAGGUGAAAAGGGGGCUGCAGGUUUGAGAGGUAAGACUGGACCACUGGGCCUUGCUGGAGAGAAAGGGGACCAAGGAGACACUGGGAAGAAAGGACCCGUUGGACCAGAGGGAGAAAAGGGAGAAGUCGGUCCAGCUGGGCCUCCUGGACCAAAAGGAGACAGAGGAGAACAAGGGGACCCAGGGCUGCCUGGGGUUUGCAGAUGUGGAAGCAUCGUGCUCAAAUCUGCCUUUUCUGUUGGCAUCACAACCAGCUACCCAGAAGAAAGGCUACCAAUUAUAUUCAACAAGGUCCUCUUCAAUGAGGGCCAGCACUACAACCCUGCGACGGGGAAGUUCAUCUGUGCUUUCCCCGGGAUCUAUUACUUUUCUUAUGAUAUCACAUUGGCAAAUAAGCAUCUGGCAAUUGGGCUGGUACACAACGGGCAGUACCGGAUAAAGACCUUCGACGCCAACACAGGAAACCAUGACGUGGCUUCGGGGUCCACUGUCGUCUAUCUGCAGCCAGAAGAUGAAGUCUGGCUGGAGAUCUUCUUCACUGACCAGAAUGGCCUCUUCUCAGACCCAGGUUGGGCGGACAGCUUGUUCUCUGGAUUUCUCCUGUAUGUUGACACAGAUUAUCUAGAUUCCAUAUCAGAAGAUGACGAACUGUGAUCAGGACAGCUGACCUGAAUGUUCCAAGAUCCUUGUGGGAGACACUUUGAUUUAAUCUGGGGCCCUGGAAGGUGGAACAAGCAGAAAUGAGAGCCAAAGAGACUCCCACUCAGAUUCCAGAGCAUUUACAGAUGGUUCCAGCAGAAUCUAUUAUAACAAGAUGAACCACCAAACUGCUGAAACCACACCAAAGUGAAUUAUAUAAAACAACAACCCCAGAUAUGAAUUCUCUUGAAUGCAAUGUUCAUAAAUAUUUAAACAAAUUCCAGACAAUGUUAACAAAUUUUAUAUUAAAUUCCCUGAGCGACAAAACCAGCUGGCAAUGAUAUUGUCUCAUUAAAUCUUUAUAAAAUUA